CGUCUGUGGGCUAGAUGUGUAUGUCUAGCGCCCUCUCGCAUCCCGUAGUCACAUGCCUCGCUCUCAAUCAAGCGGCCAUCUUCUCCUAACAAGAGGAUAGCUGGCUAGCUUGUUGUCUCUAAGUGCGGUACAUUAUGGCUGAUUAUUCCAGCGUGGCUCCUCCGUCGUCCAAUUCAGGCGGUGGAAUGAACGACGCAUUUAAAGAUGCUCUUCAGAGGGCUAGACAAAUUGCAGCGAAAAUAGGGGGUGAUGGCGCCGGCGCUCCCCCUCCGCCAACCAAUGAUUUUGGAUAUGGAGGUCAGAAAAGACCGCUGGAAGAUGGAGAAGGUGACACUCGGACAAGUCUGAACUGUAGAACACACUGGGAGGGAUUGAUUUCUUCUUUCCCAGAUCAACCAGAAACAAAGAAAAUUGCUGCACAGAAUGAUUCUUUUGCUUCAAUGAUUGGAGGAAUGAGUGGCAUGAGUGCCCCUCCAAGAUCUUCUUCUGAAGAAUUCAAAGUUCCUGAUGGGAUGGUUGGAUUCAUUAUUGGACGUGGCGGAGAACAAAUUUCCCGAAUGCAGCAAGAGUCUGGAUGUAAAAUACAAAUUUCCCCAGACAGUGGUGGCAUGCCAGAGAGGUGUGUGACAUUAACAGGAUCUCCUGACGCAAUUCAGACUGCAAAAAGGUUAUUAACUGAAGUUGUGGAGAAAGGCCGGCCUACACCGAUGUUCCACCACUCGGAUGGACCAGGAAUGUCAGUACAGGAGAUUCUCGUUCCUGCUUCGAAAGCUGGCCUGGUCAUUGGAAAGGGCGGAGAAACCAUUAAACAACUACAGGACCGCGCUGGAGUGAAAAUGGUGAUGAUUCAGGACGGAACACAAAACACUGGUGCAGACAAGCCUCUGAGGAUUACUGGAGAGCCAUUUAAAGUUCAGCAAGCUAAAGAGAUGGUAAUGGAACUCAUCCGUGAUCAAGGAUUCCGGGAACAACGAAACGAGUAUGGAUCAAGAAUGGGAGGUGACGGUGACAGCUUAGAUGUACCUGUCCCAAGGUUUGCUGUUGGAAUAGUGAUUGGCAGGAAUGGUGAAAUGAUCAAGAAGAUUCAAAAUGAUACCGGUGUCAGGAUUCAGUUUAAGCCAGAUGAUGGCAGCACACCUGAGAGGAUGGCACAAAUCAUGGGUCCCCCGGACCGAUCUCAGCAUGCCGCUGACAUCAUAGCGGACAUUCUGAGGAGUGUGCAGUCAGGCGGACCUCCAGGGCCAGGAGGCAGGGGAAGAGGAAGGGGUCAAGGCAACUGGAACAUGGGUCCACCUGGAGGACUGCCUGAGUUCACGUUCACUGUCCCUGCCAUGAAGACAGGCCUCAUCAUUGGGAAAGGUGGUGAGACCAUUAAAAGCAUUAGCCAGGAGUCAGGUGCUAGAAUAGAGCUCCAGAGGAAUCUUCCACCUGGGGCUGAUCCCAGCAUAAAGAUCUUCACCAUCCAAGGAUCCCACCAGCAGAUUGACUAUGCCAGACAGCUGGUGGAAGAAAAAAUUGGGGGUCCAGUCAGUCCAAUGGGCGGACCCCAUGGGCCCCCGGGCCCUCAUGGUGGUCUACCUCACCAUGGACCUCCAGGUCCUCCUGGACCACCUCCACCAAUGGGCCCAUACAACCCUGGACCCUAUAACCACGGUCCGCCUGGACCUCAUGGUCCACCUGCACCCUACCAGCCACAAGGUUGGGGCAAUGGCUUUCCUCAAUGGCAGCAGGGACAGCCAGAUCCUGGUAAAGCAGCUGCAGAUGCCAAUGCAGCAGCCUGGGCUGCAUAUUACUCUCAGUACCAGCAGCAACCUCAGCCCCCAAUUGCCCCUGCCAGUGCAGUGCCAGGCACAACACAAGUCAAUGGGCAAGGUGACCAGCAGACUCCGGGUCAGAGUGGACAGGCUGAUUACACCAAGGCCUGGGAAGAAUAUUACAAGAAAAUGGGACAACAAGGGCAACAGCCGCAGCAGCCACAAGACUAUACAAAGGCUUGGGAGGAGUAUUACAAAAAACAAGGUCAAGCAGCGCCUCAAGCCAUGGCGUCUCCUGCUCCCCAGACAGGAGGUGCAGACUACAGUGCAGCCUGGGCUGAGUACUACAGACAGCAGGCUUCUUACUAUGGCCAGGGCAGCCCACAAGGUGUGCCUGCCCACACCCCAGCCCCGCAACCACAGCAGGGCCAGUAAUGUGAAGUGGACAAUAGAGUAUUUGCCUCGUUGUCGAAAAACCUUUGUUAAAUGUUGGAUGCAGAAGCCUUGAUGAAGAUCUUAAUUUCUUUGGUUUAAAACAAAUGUUCAAAUGCAGAUCACACAAGCCCACAAGGCAAUCUUUGCUUGUACAGAAUGGUUUGUUUUUAGUGUAGUGAAUAGAUCUGGACAUUCCAUCACCUGUAUUUCAUUCAUUUGAUCAAUGCUCAUGUUUGAACUGUCAUAAUUUUCAUGUAAAUCAUCUGUUGUUUUUUUUUAAUCCUGUUUUGUGUUUUGCAAUAAAACAAUGAAAUCUG